GACUUGACGUCACCUACGCUUAUAAUGACUUUUUAACGAAAAGUACUUCGGAGAUGCUCCGGGGCACAGCACAUUUACAGAACAUUCAUAGAAACCGUGCGUGAUAAGCGCCUGUCCGUGAUAUCCGCUCGGCCGCGUCUCGGCGGUGCGCGGGCGGAGGCGGUCCGUCGCCGGCGCCGGGUGCUAUCGGUCGGCUCCCGUGCCGCGGCUGCCGCCGCCCGACGGAGCCGUCAGUAGCGGGCCUCCGUCGAGCGCGAGCGGCGGCGGGGCGGUGAGCGGAGAGACAGCAGUGGUGCGGAGAAUACAGACUGAACGUCGCAGCGGCCGGGCAGCUCUGCGGUCCUGAAGGCGUAUGCCUGGGUGACUUACGAGCCAGUGGACUUAAUACUGAAUAGUGCCCACUGUGAUGGCUCCACAGCUGACUUUAGAGCCAGCUCGGCUCCUGCAACUGGUUGUCUCCAUCAACACCCAUGACCCCAUCAAGAUCCAGUGCAAAGUCAACCAGUUUCUGCGGGAGGAGACGGGCGCGUCGGCGGUGUUUUGCGUCAUCUACUGCCGGGACCGGGAGGACCUGUUCUGCCAGGUGGUCAACCAGACGACGCUGCCGCUGGAGGAGCGAUUGCCGGCGGACCACCCUCUGCUGGGCGGCGCUCUGCGCUCCCCCAGUCCGCUGUUCCUGCCCGGAGUACGGCUCAGCGAACUGAGCUCGGCCGUGGCGGCGGCUGCCGGCGUCGACUCCGACUCUGACUCCGACUCCGGUGGAGGCCUUCUGGUCGUGUCGGCCAGCUGGGGCGACGCCACCCAGCCGGGCCUGCUGGUCUGUCUGGCCGGCCGGGCGGCGCCCUUCGCCAUGGAGGACGCUCUCCUCGUGCGUCACGUGCUCGGCCAUGUGUUUGGUACGUUGAUGCACGCAGUCACCUCUGCAGAGGCGCAGCGGGUCCAACUGCAGUGCCGCUCACUGCUGAGAGUCGCCCAGAGCAUAUUUCGACACAUCGGUGACGUCACAGUGCUUCUGCGGGACAUCAUGACGCAGGCGCGGAACCUGACUGGCGCCGAGCGCUGCUCGCUGUUCCUCGUGGACAAGCGGACCAACGAGCUGGUGGCAAAGGUGUUCGACGUGGCUGACGAUGCCGAACAGAUUCCCUCCAGGAGCGACGACCAAGAAGAGAUCCGUCUGCCGAUGGUGACGGGCAUCGUCGGCUCGGUGGCGGCCUCGGGGGAGCUGCUCAACAUCCGAGACGCGUACGCCCAUCCGCUCUUCUACCGGCAAAUGGAUGAGAACACCGGCUUCCGGACCAGGAACAUCCUGUGUUUCCCCAUCAAGGACGACAAGGAAGUGCUAGGCGUGGCCGAACUGUGCAACAAGGUGACCGGUCCGCACUUUACGAGGUUUGACGAGGAGGCGGCGCGGGCCUUUGCCAUCUACUGUGGCAUCGCGCUGGUCAACUCCUUCAUGUACCGCAAGAUCAUGGACACGCAGGAGCGCGUCCAGCUCUCCAACGAGCUCAUGAUGUACCACAUGCAGGUAUCGCGGGAGGAGACUGACCAGCUGUGCGCAGAAAACACGGGCUCUGUGGCGCGCUACUCGCCCUCCUUCACGGCCUGGGAGUACUUCCCGCGCGACCUGGAGGAGCGCCGGUGGCCCGCCGCCGUGCUGGCCAUGUACGAGGACCUGGGACUGGUGCAUCGGUUCGGCAUCGAGCGGAGUACUCUGGCCAGGUUCGUGUUGAUGGUGCGGAAAGGCUACCGCGACCCGCCCUACCACAACUUCAGCCACGCCUACUCCGUGGCACACUUUGCCUACCUCAUGUUGAAGAAUCUGCAGCUGGUGGAGAGCAGGUGUUUAGAUGACUUGGAGAGCCUGUCUCUGCUGACGGCGUGUCUCUGUCACGAUCUGGACCACCGGGGGACCACCAACAGCUUCCAGGUGGCGUCGCGCUCCGUCCUGGCCUCCCUCUACUCGUCUGAGGGCAGUGUGAUGGAGCAACACCACUUUGCGCAGUCGGUGUGCAUAUUGAACACGGACGGCUGUAACAUUCUCAGUGAGCUGCCUCCCAAAGACUACACCCAGUGUCUGGACAUGGUGCGCGGCAUGAUACUCGCCACCGACCUGAGUCGCCACCUCAGCAUCAUGACAGAGCUGGAGGCGAUGGCGUCCGGCGGCUACCGCUCAUGUGAACCACGCCACCGCCGGCUGCUGCACUCGCUUCUGAUGACCGCUGCUGACCUCUCCGAUCAGACCAAGCGCUGGCUCAGCAGCAAAAAGGCCGCGAAACUGGUGUACCGCGAGUUCUUCUCCCAGGGCGAUAUGGAGAAGCAGAUGGGUAACGACCCCUCGGAAAUGAUGGACCGCGAGCGCGCCUUUAUACCGAAACUGCAGAUUCAGUUCCUGGAUGACAUCGCCCUGCCGGUAUACAGCCUGAUGGGAUCGCUGUUCCCCGCCUGUGAGGAGGUGUACGCGCAGACCAAGGCAAAUCGGCGCUGCUGGCAGCGAAUGGCUGACAUAUGCAGUCGCCGAAACGCCACAAACGUGCAGAGCAUUGACGUGUUCGACAAUGAGCGGUUGGACGAGGAGGUGCUGGCCUCUGACGGUGAGUCCAACAGUGUGCAGUGCGCCACCGCGCCACCAGGUGGCUCUACUGUGGCCAACAGUCGGCUCUCGUCACUGCGACCGUAUGUUUCGGGCGUGCUACCGUGCUGCGUCAGCAAGAACGAGGUGAUGGAGUGAGCCGCGUGCCGGCCGGCGUCCAACGGCGACCGGCCGGCCACCGCUGCCGCUCAGUCGACGGAGGCGCCACCUAUACCGUGGCGACGGUGGCGCCACCCGCCGCUGCGGCCGACCGCCGCAGUGCACACCACUCACAUCUGAUAUUAGUCGUCUCUUGCCAGUGAUCAGUUGGUGCGAUAUUAUUGAGCUGCGGUGGUUGUGGAGCGCGGGUGCACGAAGUGCUUCGUUACGGCGCUCUCCAAGCUGCGGGGUAGAGCUACUGUGUUCAUCGCUGCCUCAUUGCUGAAUGUCAAUCCACGCUGUUUCUGCGGGACCCCGUUUGGCGUGUACUCUGUCCUCAGUUUUCUCCGGGAUAACUGUUGGAUGCCGCGCCAGAUGUGUUGAUGUUGCGUGCAGAGUGGAUGUGGCCGGUAGCCUGCUGUGUAGUGCGGGUGUGGUGCUCUGAGAGUGCGGUCAGCUCUGGGCCGGGGCGUUUAUUGCUGGCUAACCGGCCGGUGUUGAGUCAGUUGUGUGAAGGUGUUUAUGGUGGGCUGUUAUGUCUGUGGCGGCGUGUUGGGCCACCGUGCGGACUGCGGACCAAUAGGGGCGUGUGCGCACGCGGUGAUACUGCGCCGCGCGCGACAUGUGAGACUAGUACAAAGAGGCAGGCCGGCGCAGCGACAAAUCAGAGCGGCGCCCGGUGAUACUCACGUAGGUGGCGUCACCUAUACUGCGGCGGUGGCGCCACCUGCCGAAACUGACAGGGUGCUGGUGUGCGGACCGCCGCGGUCGCGGGACAGCGGUUGUCUGUUGCGAGCUGUCCGCGGCUUUGCCCGCUUGGCAAUCGGCGUCCAACUCUCAUCGAGACUUUCUAGCAGCCAAUAUAUGGUCACAUGUGAUGUUUCAAAA